AUGGGUGAUCCUGGCUUCAUACCUGGAAUGAUUGGUUACACCAUUCAUUUGGCUGCAAGUCAGGUUAUUCAAUACAUUAAUGUUGCCAUCAGAUGCAAGAAAGAGUUGGACGCUCUCAAAGCCCUGCUUCUCAAAAUUCAAGUAAUGAACAUGGAAAUGCAACGAUGUAGAAAAGCUUUGAACUCUGGCAGAGUGAGUAUAUCCUCUGACCCUCCUUUGCCCUUCGCGGUCAACAGUUGGUUGAACGAAUUGAAUGCUCUUCUGGAUGAAGCAUCUGAUUUGGCCCAGCACUGCAACGUACAAUCAUACUGGCAUCUCUUUCCUCGUUACAGAACGAGCAGAAAGAUUAGGCGACUCAUUGAAAAUGUGGAAAAGCAUUUAACUUCAACGCCUUCCAUUGCUUUUCUGCAUCAACUACAGCAGCAUGUGACAAAUCGGCAAGUGCUUGAGCAGAUUAAAGAAAGAACGGAUUCUCUUAAUCUGCAUACUUCAGCACUUACCGGCACAUUUGGAGAUCUCUUUUCAUCUAAUUCUUCAGCUGCCCCAAACACGAAGUAUAUUGAGGAGGCAAUCAUUGUCGGACAAGAUUCUUCAUCAAUCAGAAUGAAGGAGCUAAUCGAUUCAGAGCAGCACAAAAACGUGUCUCGUUUCGGCCUUGUGGGGAAAGGCGGGGCCGGUAAGACGCUACUGCUCAAACGAGUCUUUAACUGUGACAAGGUACAGAGUCUCUUUUGCAAUGACUUGAUGCUUUGGCUUACUGUUUCGCAAAAUCCAUCUUCCAGUGCUCUCAGAAAGGAGCUUGUCAAACAAAUAGCUCUUAAAGCAAAUCAAAGACCGGACAGUACACAUGAAGACCAUGUGAAAACUUGGUUGAAUGAAAGCAUGAGAAAACACAAGUUUGCUCUGUUUUUAGAUGAUGUUUGGGAAACAAGCGCAACAUCAUUGUUAGAGGAGCUGUGUGUUACUCAUUCUCCACUCCACAACUCAAACAUCAUCAUUGCCACUUCCAGAAGUAGGAGUGUGCUCUCGCAGUUGGGUGUUCCGACUCCAUCAAUCAUCCAAAUGCAAGACUUGACUGAGGAUGACAGCUGGAGAUUGUUUUCUUUCCAUGCUUUUCCACACAGCGAUGGAAUUUUGCCCAUGAGCAUUGAUCAAGAAAUAGCGAGGCGCGUUUGCAGGGAGUGCGGAGGGCUUCCAUUAGCCAUCAAAGUAGUCGGGCAGGCAAUGGCAGGCAUCUCUGAGUCAAAUGAAUGGGAAUUCGCACUCCAGAGGUUGCAGAACGAUGUUACACACUCGCUUUCAAGCAGGUUGAGAUUAAGCUACAAUGCUUUGGCCAAUUUACCAGGCUAUGGCGUUUCCUUGCAGUUGUGCUUCCUCUGCCUCGCCGCUUUCUACGAAGGCGAAGUCAUUCAUACUGGAAUUGCUAUUAAGUACUGGAUUGGAGAAGGGUUAGUGGUCGGGCCGGAUCCUCUACAAAUUGGGGAGAUAUACAUCAAACUGUUUGCAGACCGAUGCCUUAUUGAACCAAUCUAUAAGGAUCAGGAUAGAAAGGUGAUCAAUUUCAGGGUACAUAACGUAUUGCACCAUUUCUUAGCACACCAAAUUGCUAAAAAGGAAGAGAAAUGCUUGUUUCAGGCACACAAAGGUUUAGGAGAGUUUCCCGCUGAUGACUGUGGGGGACACAUCAGAAUUUCAUUAAGGGACAACAAUUUGACUAAGGUUCCAAAGGCAUUCGGAGCUCCCUAUAUCCGCUCCUUGUUACUGGCUGGUAAUACUACUUUGAAGGAAAUUCCAAAGGAAGUAAUUAGUAGUAUGACCACUCUCAGGGUCCUGGAUUUGUCACGGACUGCCCUCCAGUCUUUGCCAAAGAACGUGGGAUGUUUGAAGCAUUUAGUUUCCCUCAUAUUAUGCUCUGUGCCAAUCAAGAAACUACCCUACUCUGUCGGUACCCUCAGAAAGCUUCAAAUAUUAGAUCUUUAUCGAUCUGAUAUUACAGAACUCCCAUACAGCAUUUCUAAGUUGACUUCCCUACAACUUCUGAAUGUUCCUUCUUGUCAAAACCUUCAGUGCAUCCCUUAUGGGAUCUCAAACCUUAGGUCUCUGAAGUACCUGAACACAGGCGGUUCUCGAAAUAUAGGGUGGAAUAAGUGCAGGAGAGGUCGGCUUUCACUUAAUGAUUUGGGCACCCUAAACCAACUCAAAAGGUUAGGGCUUACAAAUAAUGGUGAAAUAAUUCGAGAAGGAAUGCUCGGAAGCAUGAAGCAGAUGGAUUCUCUUUAUUUAGAUCUGACAGAUACGGAAAAGCUACCCAGUGACAUGAAGCCAUAUCAAAAUUGA